AUGGCGGAAACGGACUCGACAUCGAGGGUCAACGCGCCUGCUGGUGUCUCUAGUGGUGCUACCGGACAGAAUAGCCGUACGCACCGAGUACUACUGACACGGAGGACCACACUACUUGCAGCACUGGGUCGGGCCGAGGCAUUUUUGGCGGACUACGAUGCUGUGAGGGACGCGACGAAGGUGCAGGUGCAGCUGGACCACAUCGAGAACGUUUGGAAGAGCUUAGAGGAGGUGCAGACGGAAUUGGAGUGUGCUGAGGAGAGUGAAGAAGAUAUGGAAUUGCAUGAAAAAGCACGUGCCAGCUUUGAAGAACGAUUGCUAAUAAUAAAAGCAGAAUUAACAUCCAAACUUCCUGUUAUUCCUAUUGACUCUCAAAUCCUUCAAACUGUAUACCCUACUUCCGCUAUCUCUGGUUUGAAACUGCCGACUAUUUCUCUUCCUGAAUUCGACUGGGACUAUAUGCAAUGGUUGGGUUUCCAUGACACGUUCUUAGCUCUGAUUCAUUCGAACACCGAUGUGCCAGCGAUUCAGAAGUUCCACUAUCUGAAAGCAGCUUUGAAAGGGGAGGCUGCCCAGCUAAUUGAAUCGAUUGCGAUUAGCGCAGCGAAUUAUAAUUUGGCUUGGGAUGCUCUGGUGGGACGUUAUGCGAACGAUUAUCUCUUGAAAAAGCGACAUUUACAGGCUCUUUUCGACGUUCAUCCAAUGAAGAAGGAAACCGCAGUGACACUCCACGCGUUGGUGGACGAGUUUGAACGUCAUGUGAAGACUCUGCAGCAGAUGGGCGAACCGACGGCGCAGUGGAGCAGCAUUCUUGAGCACCUACUGUGCACACGUCUACACGAUGACACGCUCAAAGCGUGGGAGGACCAUGCCUCCACCGUGGAGGAUCCGAACUAUUCGUGUCUCAUCGAUUUUCUCCAACGUCGGAUGCGUGUUUUGGAAUCCAUUUCCGUCAAUAACCAUGCGUCUCCUUGCUAUGGGAAUUCGGCGAAUAGUAACUUGAAAAGGUCAACUCAGUUUCGUCUUUCUUCGAAUGCUGCCACUACUAAUUCUGGCAGUAAGUGCCCUGCGUGCGGCCAGGAGCAUUUCAUCACCCGGUGUCAGAAAUUCAACGGUUUUUCGGUUGCUCAGCGACGGCAACUGGUGUUCAAGAAGCGACUGUGUAACAACUGCUUGAAGGGUGAUCACAUGGCGAAGGAUUGCACUUCAAAUUUCAAUUGUAGGCAUUGCAAUAUGCGACACCAUUCUUUCCUCCAUUCUGCGUCGUACGAGGGUUCUCAGAGGUUCGCUCCCGAGACUCAUUUCUCCAGUACCCCAGCUGUAGUGCAGAUUGCUCCGCCUUUGGUGGGCAAGUCUAGUGUGCAAUCGACGGUUGCAGCCACCGAAAACAUCCUUGAUUGUGAGGUGAGUGCUCCAGUGCAGCAGCCGCGGGAAAACGUUUUUCUUCAGACGGUACUGGUGAAGAUUAUCGAUGCUUUUGGGCAGGAUCAUCUAGCACGUGCUCUUCUCGACAGCGCAUCGCAGCCCAACCUAAUCACUGAGCGGCUGGCACGCCUGCUACGACUAAGAAGAAGCAACGUGAACGUGACUAUCCGUGGGGCCGGUCAGCUUCAGCAAACGGUGCGCAACUCUAUCGUGGCACAAGUCAAGUCGCGAGGCGGCAAUUUCGAUUUAGGGAUCAGCUUUCUAGUGAUAGACAAGGUCACUGCAGACCUUCCGGCGCAGGAUAUUACCAUCGCGGACUGGCAGAUUCCCGACGAACUUCCCCUGGCCGAUCCUGCGUUCAACAUGAGGCAACGCAUUGACAUGGUUCUGGGGGCGAAACAUUACCAUUCGUUGUUCCCCAGUGCAGCUCGCAUUCAGCUCGGUGAGCAGCUCCCACAUCUAAUGAAGAGCGUGUUUGGAUGGGUCGUAACAGGUUCCGCUUCACUACAACAGCUUACGCAACCGUCCACUUCCACUGUCAGUUCCUACAACACCGUAACUGUAUCCAUGAUUUCGUUGGAGGACAGCAUCGAGCGCUUUUGGAAGACCGAAGACUUGCAGAUGAGUGACAACUAUUCGGUUGAGGAACGUCACUGCGAAUCUUUGUUCCAAUCGACGGUGGCACGGACAGCUGAGGGACGCUACAUGGUCCGACUGCCUCGAAAGUCAGAUUUCGACGCCAUGAUGGGAGAAUCCAGAGCCAGCGCUCUUCGUCGGUACGAAAUGCUUGAGCGCAGACUGGAAAGGAACUCAACGCUCAAGGAGGAGUAUCACAAGUUCCUACAGGAGUACCUGUCCCUCGGCCAUAUGCGGCUGGUCGAGCCGGGCAGCAAAGUUACCGGCGCUGCUUAUUAUUUACCACAUCAUCCGGUUCUAAAGGAGUCAAGCACGACGGCGAAACUUCGGGUGGUCUUCGACGGCUCUGCUAAAACGUCCACUGGUUACUCCCUCAAUGAAGCGCUCUGUGUGGGACCGGUCGUUCAAGACGACUUGCUGUCCAUUGUUUUACGGUUUCGUACCUACCAGGUUGCCCUCGUCGGAGACAUCGCGAAGAUGUAUAGGCAGGUCCUGGUACACCCUGACGAUACUCCCCUGCAACGCAUCCUGUGGCGUUUUUCUACAGACACACCUGUCCAAACCUACGAGCUACUGACCGUGACAUACGGACUUACUCCAUCGUCAUUCCUGGCGACUCGCGCUCUUCAGCAAUUGGCCGCUGAUGAAGGCGACGCCUACUCUCUCGCUGGUCCAGCAUUAAGGAAGAAUUUCUACAUCGACGAUUUCAUCGGUGGGACCAGCUCCACAGAAGAGGCAAUCCGCCUCCGAGAAGAGCUUUCGGAUCUAAUGCAAAAGGGUGGACUCGAACUGCGCAAGUGGACGUCUAACCGUUUCGAAGUUCUGCAAGGCCUGGACGAAGACCAUAUCGGGACUCAUUCAACAUUGAGCUUCACUCCCAACGAAACAACCAAGGCACUGGGAAUCGGCUGGGAGCCAGAGAUUGAUUUUCUUCGCUUCGAUUCAACGGUGCAACCACGAGAUGCGCCGCCCACGAAACGUACGAUUCUCUCUGACAUCGCAAAGCUAUUCGAUCCUCUUGGGUUUAGUUUAGUUUAG